AUGAGUCCUAGACUUCGUUGUUACUCCGACGCACUCGCGGAGAAACUGACAACCGCUUCAGAAUCCGCCGCGUCAAAUGCGAUGAAGAAAAACCUGCCUGUCACAAAUGCGUCUCUAGAGGGCGAUCUUGCAGCGGCUAUCCAGACCCUCAAGGCCACUCGGGGUCCGAGAGCCCAAGCCCUGGAGAUGCCCUUCGAAUCAUUCAACACGUCCCCGGUCCCACAAUCCCCCGAGCUCGUUCACGAGGCCGAAUAUCGUGCAUUAGAGUUCUUCCAGUUGCAUACCAAAAACUGCUUUGGUUCCCAGAUCGGCUCAUUCUUGCUCCAGGCAGCGUACAACGAGCCAAUCAUUCGGACCGUUGCAAUUGCCAUUGGCUCUCUCCAUCGUACCUUUGUAUUCGAUCAACAGGGGCUCUCUGCACCUCGUGAAACAACUCAGUUCACCUUGCUUCAUUACAAUAAAGCAAUUCGUCAGCUUGUCGCCGUGAAACCCCAAACUUCUCCUCAAACAAACGACACUUUUCUCAUUGCUUGCAUACUCUUUUUCUGCUUUGAGUGUCUUCAAAGUAAUUACAAGUCCGCAUUUCGGCAUGCGAUCUCUGGUCUCAAGAUUAUAAAACAGCAGCAAAUGCUGGCAGAUGGACCCGCCUUGUCUAGAUACAUGCCACCAGAGACUAUCACUUUGCUUUUUGGCGUCUUAGAGAAUCAGAUAUUGGAGAUACAUGGUGAUGAAAUACUUGCGAGUGAGCUGUGUCCAGCCAUUCUAUAUUCAUUCCAGCACUAUGCCAUUGACCCAUCGCGACCACCGUCAAGCGUUGAAGAGAUUCUUGCUUCAUUUCAAGUUCUCUACAAUCGAUUUACUCGCUUCGAAGCCGUUUGUGAGAUGCUUGAAGAUACCACAAGGGAUCAAGCAUUUGAAUUCGUCGCUCAGGUUCAAUACAUUCAAACAGAAUUUUUCCAAAUUCUCUCGGAUUUGAAAACCUGGGUCACCGUUUUUGACAAUUGGGUAGAUCGGCCCAAAUCUUACGACGACAGUGAUAGCUUCCUAGUGUCAAUACUCAAAGUUUGGAGAGCAACGAUCAGCAUCCUUCUUCGUCUAGAAUGGCCCCCUUCGGAGCUCAGCUGGGACAGAUUUGCUGUUGAUUUCGCGUCUGUUACCUCUCUCGUCGCCGAGAUGUUUGGAGUCUCGGCGACUACUCUUUUCAUGCGUUCGUCUUCACCAGGAAGUCCAUCUGAAGACGAACCUACACCCUUGCCAACCAGCAAGCCAACAUCUCUUCCUCCUCUUCGCCCCAAACCUGCCAAGCUAUUUUUCUGCUUUCAUACUGCCAACGGCGCGAGGGACUUUGGGGACUCUGAGAUGGCAGGGCGCAUCGCCAAUCGCAUUGUGAGAAUUGAAGAGACUGCAGCAAACAUUUCGCCCGGCACGGAUUACCACCCCUCGGACAUUCCAUUGUCUGCUCGGGUGAGAUCUUUGUCGCCUCAAUUUGAUGAGCAAAAGCGGAUCACGAUAAGAUACAACAGGGAGGGCGAUGAGCCCGGUCCGACGGGGGAGUCUAGCCUAGCCAACCAAGCCAAAGUUAAUUGA